AUGGCCAGAACCAAGCAGACCGCUCGUAAAUCCACCGGAGGAAAGGCUCCCAGGAAGCAGCUGGCAACCAAAGCUGCCCGUAAGAGCGCCCCAGCUACCGGCGGAGUUAAGAAGCCUCACCGUUACAGGCCCGGCACCGUGGCUCUGCGAGAGAUCCGCCGCUACCAGAAAUCCACCGAGCUGCUGAUCCGCAAGCUGCCCUUCCAGCGCCUGGUCAGGGAGAUCGCUCAGGAUUUCAAGACCGACCUGCGCUUCCAGAGCUCCGCCGUCAUGGCUCUGCAGGAGGCCAGCGAGGCUUACCUGGUGGGUCUCUUCGAGGACACCAACCUGUGCGCCAUCCACGCCAAGAGGGUCACCAUCAUGCCCAAAGACAUCCAGCUGGCCCGCCGUAUCCGCGGAGAGAGGGCUUAAACUGACUUCUGACUCGCUUCAACAAACCAACGGCUCUUUUAAGAGCCACCUACAUACACCUU